AAACGACACAUACUUUUUGUACAGGCAAAAAGUGCGAGUGCAAGCACGAGCAUUCUUGAUUCCUUCAGGGCGCUUCUGAGAAAGCCUUUGCUGUUGUUGCAAGCACAUCAAAGCACGAAAAACGAAGGUCGAACUAACCAAUUCCAACGCCAAUCUAUCGCAUCGCAAUUCUCGAAGAAGCAGCCCACGCCGACUCUUUCCUGCAACCACAUGCCACAGGAUCCUCCGAAAAGAAUCAUUCAUUCAUUCGCACGGUACCAGCAACAACGUUAAGUCAUCAUGCAAUCGAUAGGCAGUGCGCCUUCCAUCGGGGAUGCAAACUCGAGAUCGGACUCGAAUGCCAAGACUAACCCGAAUUCCAGUUACAGCAGUCACGACGACCACAUCACCACACCAGAAGCCGGAACACGGAGCGGCCCUGGAAGCCUGGAAGGCGAGGGCAGCAGCCACGGCAACCUCGGAACGCCGUUCUUUGCCGACAUGACCCUGGACAUUUCGGUCGCCCACGACAUUGCCGAAACGCCAGAGGCCGUAGCCCGGGCAACCAUGGACCACAACACCUCGGCGGGCUUGCUUUCCGACGUUCCCUCCAUGCCGCCCCUCCCAGAAUUCCAGCAUGAGCAGCUGCAAUCGCAGCCGGGGAGGCAGUCGUCGUCCUUGUCGCAACGGCCCGAAGAGCCUUUUGUGCCAUCGAAGUUGGUGUACAGCAAUGGGAGCAGUGAUGCACCCCUUGACCACCACCGGCAACAACAAACACCGCUUGAGAAAUCCGAACCCCGUAGCCUCUCACCAGAGGAACACUUCGACUCGAAUCACUUUGACGAGGAAGACGAGGACGACCAUCAAAUCAUGGCCCGUGUCACGUCUUCGAACCAUACCCGGGGCGGAAGGUUCCGUCCCUUCGGGAACAGCAAUGGGAACUGGCGCAAUCGGCUCAGAAGAAAGCAAUGGCCCAAGGAUAUCUCGUGGGCCGUUGCCUUUUGGAUGAUAGUUCCGGUCGGACUCCUCGUGCCAUUGAUCUGGUACGGUGGCAGCAACGGAAAUGCCGGCGCCACGACUAGUUCUUCGUCCUCAGAAACACUGUGGCUGGCCGCGGCAAUGUCUCCCCGAUCGGCCACUCUCCACACACUGGCCUGGGGAGUCAUCGUGGCGGCCCUUAUCUUGCCUCGGUUGCUCUAUCGUACCUCGGGGGGUGUCGGGCAGGGAGACGACGCGCGGCACUUCGCCUCCCAGUUGCUGCUGGUGUCGGCCCCCGUUUCCGCCUGUGUCUACCUGGGAUUGCUGGUGGGAAUCUACGUGAUGCUCCCGAACGCCUUCUGGCCCUUUGGGCUGAUCCCCCUGUGGUAUCUCUCCCGCGAUUUGUACCUCUUUCGCCGCUGGAAAAUGACCUCGACCAUCCCUGGGGGGCGGCAGGCCUUUUUCCAGGCACUCGCCUGCGCGGCGCUCGACAUCUUGUCGCGGUCACUGAAGCGAAAGGUCUUUUACCGGGCCGUAGUCAUCGUCAUCCUCGGACAGUUUGGGGUGAUUUCGCUCUGGAGGUUGUCCCUCAUGGCGGCCCUGCGAUCGGGCAGCGUGGUAUGGGCGGCGAUUGCCUUCGUGGGAGGGAAAUGGGCGACGGGAACUGUGGCACGGUUGCUAACCCUAACAGCCUGUGGCGGAGUCUCCAACUGGUUUGCGGAGCAAACGUCGCUGAUUGAGGGAAUGGGCCAAAUGGAAGGACGCCGGGAGAGACGGCAUCAGGAAGACAGGGACGAAACCAUCGAGUUUACCAGUAUUUCCUCCAAGGACCAGUACGACGCAUCAAACAGCAGCGUCCACAAUACCACAGCACAAAAUUCAAUCGAGGACAGCAUGCCGGAAGCAUAUCGGAUGGCGGAUGCGUCUCAGUACGCACCCGCGGUAAAUGUAGGCGUGGACGGCGAUUUCGAAAGCGACGACGACGAAGAUAGCGACGACGAAGAAAACUACGCCGGAUUUUUGAACGAUAGCGCACGGCGCACGACGACCCAGUUGUACUCGCAGCGGCGACAGAGAGAGCGGCAUCAGCGCAGGGAGCGCAGGGAUGCCCGGUCGUCCACCGUCCACCAGCUCAUGGGAUCCGCACUGUCGGUGAGUUUUGGGUCGGUGACCAAGUGUGGACUUCUAGGGGGUCUUGCCCAGUUUGUAUGGAGCCAGAUCCGUAAGAUCGACCACGCCCGGGAAACCCUCGGGGGAAUGCGGGGGAUGCCUGUUGGGGAUCCAUCGUCGUCGCCGUCGCCCCAUCCCAGCCGGGUGAUUAUGCAACGAAUCAAUGCCAUUGCGCGGGAUUUUGUGCGCACGCACUCCGACAUGGCCAUGAGCUACGUCGCUGACUAUCAGAUGUCGUACACACGGGCCGCUCAGGAGGUCGCGAUAUUGGUUGACGAGGCCGGCGUCGAACCCAUCAUCCACGACGACAUAUCGACGCACAUGAGCUCAUGCGUCGGGGGAAGUGUUUCCGGGAUCAUCAUCUUGUUCACCGGGCCGAUUCUGGUUCACCAGCGAAAUCGGUUCGAUCCCGAGGUUCCGGAUUCUGCUGUGGCGCUGGACAUGGUCAUUGCGUUUUUCUUUUGCUACACGCUGAUUUUCACCGUCAUGGAACCUCUGCGGGCGUCGAUCAAAGCCGUGUACGUCUGCUUUGCCCAGCACCCGGAAGCUCUCAGCCAGGCCUUUCCUCUUAUAUACCAUCGACUGACCCGCAUGUCUCGAUCGAAUCUUCAAUAAGAAAUCGACACGGCAGUGCAAAACUCUAUGUUCCAGAAGUAGGUUUUUUGUUUUUUCAUAAACAAUUUGAUUCCUGCAACGACGAAAAAGAAGAGAUAAAAAAAUGCUACCAACAACAAUAGAAGACUCAAAACACUGUAUCAAAUAGAUCGACACCCCACUAAUUGAUUAUCCUUCGAAGAUGCGUUGGAGAUUAUGGCAAAUAGUUAGUACUCUAAUAAAUUGCAUCGCUGAGC